AUGUGGGGUUUCAAUGACUCACAUUUCCAACCAGCCAAGUUGCAGCUAACAGGCAUUCCAGGCCUAGAGACUGGAGAAGGGUGGGUAGCGCUCAUCUUCUGCUUGCUCUAUUUGAUCUCCAUUGGGGGCAACCUUGCCAUCCUGGGCCUUGUGUUACAAGAGACUGCCCUGCACCAACCAAUGUACUACUUCCUAUCCAUGCUCUCCCUCAAUGACCUUGGUGUCUCCCUUUCUACAUUGCCUACUGUACUGGGUACUUUUUGCUUUAACUACCAUGAGGUUGGCUUUGAUGCCUGUCUGGUCCAGAUGUUCUUCAUUCACACUUUCUCUUUCAUGGAAUCUGGGAUCCUGCUGGCUAUGAGCUUUGACCGCUUUGUGGCCAUCUGCAACCCUCUACGUUAUUCUACCAUCCUCACUAACACCCGCAUUGUGGUCAUGGGCUUGAUCAUCCUUGCAAAGAGUUUUGUCACACUCUUCCCUUUCCCUUUCCUAGUGAAGCGAUUGCCUUUCUGCAAGGGCAAUGUCCUGCACCAUUCCUACUGCCUCCAUCCUGACCUCAUGAAGGUUGCAUGUGGAGACAUCCAUAUCAACAACAUCUAUGGGCUCUUUGUGGUUAUCUUUACCUAUGGUGUUGACUCAACCUUCAUCCUCCUCUAUGCCCUCAUCAUAAAGGCUGUAUUAGCUAUUGCCUCACAGGAACAGAGAUUCAAGGCACUCAACACUUGCAUUUCCCACAUCUGCGCAGUUCUUGCCUUUUAUGUGCCUAUCAUUGCUGUCUCCAUGAUUCAUCGCUUCUGGAAGAGGGCCCCACCCAUAGUUCAUGUCAUGAUGUCCAACGUCUACCUCUUUGUGCCUCCCAUGCUCAAUCCCAUCAUCUACAGUGUCAAGACCAAGGAGAUACGCCGGGGAUUUCUUAAGAUCUUCCAAGAAUCCUAA